AUGGCACCAAAAAUACAACCGGUCCAUUUGGAUCUUCAACCUCUCAAACCAGAGGAUAUACCAGACCCCGCUUCAGCAGAAUUCGACAAAUUCUUGAAUGAUCAUUUUGAGAUGGGUAUAAAGCUGUCAGAUAGUAUGGCUAAUUGGAACCAUCACUCGACGAAACACGAUGGGACAGUGAAAAUACUGAACUUGACCACUUCUUCGACAAACAACGAUAUACGUAAAUCCCUAGGAGGUAUCAAAGAAUAUUGGUGUGGACGAGAAUCUCACCAUUCCAGCUCCACUUCUUUACCCAAACAACCCACCGAUGGAACCACCUCGAAACGACAUUCAGCGUCGUACAACCCCGUCAAUCUCGCUAGACGUCUAUCCGAUCGAAUUUCAACUAGACAUUCAGAAGAUAAAGGUCAUGAUCAUAUCAAUGGAAAUGGAGUUGUUCCCAAUGGAAGUGCAAUAGAGGAAGAUGAUCCGUCUGAAGCUGAACGACAGGCUUUGUUCAUGAGUACUACCCCUGAAGGGAUCUAUGAGAGGUUCAGAAGGGGUUUAUUGGAAUAUCAUAGUGAGAACGAAAGAGAAUAUAUAGAAUCAAUGAGAGAAUCCGAAUGUCUCCACAUCUACCGAAAACAUGUCGCAGAAGUAUGGAGAUUAACAUUCAAAACUCCUCCACCUACCAAUCCACGUACAUUCGUUGUCUUGCUCUUGUCACGCGAGUUGAUAGGUGAACCUAAAGGUGAAAGAGCAUUUAUGAAUAUCUCUUUGCCAUUCGAACAUCCUGAUUGUCCACCGAAAUUGAAUAAUGAGAAAUCGAGAGUUAGAGGGAAAUACGUUAGUGUAGAGAGGGUAAGGGAGAUUGAGGGUGGGAAGGAAGUUGAAUGGAGGAUGGCUACUUCUAGUGAUGCUGGCGGUAAUAUACCUCGAUUUGUGACUAAUGGAUCUUUACCUAAUAGUAUAGCAGAAGAUGUACCUUCUUUCUUAGGUUGGAUGGUCAAAAGGUUCCCUGUUGGUGGAGAAGUUACGUCGAGACCUGUCACCUAG